GGGGCGGGGCUCGUGGUAAACGGGGCGGGGCUUGAGAGCCCGGGCGACAAUGGCGGGCCAGUUCGAUCCCGUGCAGCGCGAGAUCCACCAGGACUGGGCGAAUCGCGAGUACAUCGAAGUGAUCUCCAGCAGCAUCAAAAAGAUCGCCGACUUCCUCAACUCGUUCGACAUGUCGUGCCGUGCCCGUCUCGCCGUGCUGAACGAGAAGUUGACGUCACUCGAGCGGCGUGUGGAGUACAUCGAGGCUCGGGUGACCAAGGGGGAGACGUUGACUUAGCAGACCUUCCCCACGUGUCACCGUCACCACACGGAUCCUCAUCGUCCCAUCUGCCCUCUGCGCGGAGCCCCUCCUUCUUCCUCCGCGUCCGUUUCCUCCCCCACCGCGCGCCGAUAACACUACUACUCACCACUACUCACCACUACCCACCACUAACCACCACUGCUCACCGCUCGCUGCCCUUCACCAUUGCCUUAAACACGAAGCCUUGCCUGCGAGCUGGGAGCAUGUCCAUGUCCGCCAUGGCACGCACCGCGGGUCUCUUUGGGCGCCAGUCAUCAAUUUUGAUGUCGCUCCUUAAAGCUCGCUGUGCGCGCCUCGACUCGCGGUUUUAAAGAAUCGCACGUUUGACAUGCGUGUAUGUUGCACGUAAUGGGUUUGUGUGACCCCUGCAGCCACAAGAGGCCAGUACAUUCACUAUAGUGUAAACAAACUAAUUAUGGUUGAUUCAGAUGUAUUAUCUGAAUCCUGAGGACUUGUCGGAUUGCAGGGCGGUGAACUGUUACACCCCUAGCAUGUCUAGGUGUUGGGGUCCAUUGCUCCUGCUGGUGUGUCCCUGGGGGCCUCUCAUGACACACAGAGGCCACCUGUUGUUGAGUUUGCCUGCGUCCCAUGCCCGAUGUGGCAAUUUUUGUACAUUGAGCGUUUGUUAUUUUUAUUCCACUGCCUUCCCAUGUUGGGUUACAACGGCGCUGCUGCAUCACCAUGAGACGGACAAAUCUUCGUUUCAAAAUCUUCAGCGAGCAGCGCACCACCUCGUGUCACAACAACCCUGGAAGUUGAUGUCACAGAUUACUUAUUAAUACAAACUUCAGAUGAACUUUUUUCAAUACGCCGUGCAAUGAGUGUUCCGUCAAACCUGUCAGAGCCUGGAUUUUGCCAAAUUUAGUUGAAAACUCCCAAAUUGUAUUUGAUGGUUUCUUGUGAAGUCAUUGGUGACCAGGCCCGAGACAAGUCACUGCUCACUACUGUGUGCAAGUUCCCCUUCCAAAUACUUGUACCCCCUUGUGUUUUUUUGUAACAUUGUAAACUUUCUUUGCGUGGGAGUCUAUAUCUGUCCUUUUUUUUACCAAGACUGAACCACUAACCCCUACCCCGAGGGUACAACCGCCCUCCGAUCCACCCGGCCACGUUAAUUGCCCAUGCCGCACGUGAGUCCGUGUCAGGUUUUCUUUGCACGCGUGUGGUGGAGCUGUAUGGGGAUGAUUGGAGGGCUUUGCCGAGGGUAGCAUUUAAAUGUUAACUUUGCGUUCGAAAUUAUUGACAAAUAGUCGCCCGUCUAUGAUAGGAUCCGCGAUAUCGGUUCCUCCGUACCACAGUGGAAAAGAGGAGUUGUGUAAAACACGCUGACUCGAUUGGCGCCAGCCGGGAGCAACGCCACCUACUCCCCCUCCGCCCCCUUUGCCCCACGCUCAUCACCGCGGGUUCUCAAGGUGUCCCCCCCCCCCCGUGUCACGAAUAAACGUCGCAUCCUUG